GCCAUUUGCCAGCAAAGAUGUAUGUCUAGCAAUUGGCCGUUUUGAGAUUGUUUUGCACACGAAUGCCGAUAUAACCUGUGUGCACUGAGACGAAAUCCAGUUCCACAUUUCCUGAGUGAAAAGACAGGAUGAAUCUUCAACCAGGAUUUGUGCCAAUGUUUAGACCAGUGGCUGUCCCUUUAGUCAGGGUGGCAGUCCCCAUACACCCAGGCAUGGCUCACCCACCACCCCCUCCCCCAGGGCAAGCUCACUUUUUUCCUGGUGCACCGAUAGGUCCCCCGCCUGCCCCUCCCCCAUCGCAGCCUACCCAGUCACCAACAACUCACGCCCUGCCACCUGGACUGAUUGCCCUGGGUACAUCCCAGCCUGGGGUUCAGGGUGGUUCUGUGAGCAUGGUCAGCAGUCAAUCCAUGCAACACCCCUCCCCAGCGCCUCUCAUGUCCCUAGGAAUCUUGGGCCAGGCUCCGCAGAUGACCCAGGCUGCCCUACAGUCUUCACUCCAGUCACAGGGUCUGCUUGCUGGUCUACCCCCUGCCCCACCCUCUGGUGCAUCCCCCAGCCCUGGACUUACAGUGGGUCAAGCCAAUGCUCAGUACGCAAACACAGCAGGCUAUAGAGAUGAGAGCCAAAGAAACAGUCUUAGCAGUGUCGGAGUGGGCGUGGGUAAAGCUGUCGAGGAGGCUCCCCAGGAUGGGGGCAUGGCCCAGCUGGAUCACUUCAAUUCGGAUCUCAACCUUACCAUUGAUCAAGAUGGAUAUGGGGGUAAAGCCAUGACAAAACCUCCUGGCUUCUGCUUUUGCUGGGCUGGGGCUAGAUCUACUUACGGAGUCACUAAAGGAAAGGCGUAUUAUGAGGUCCACAUCUCUGAGUACCUGGCAGUGGACUUUGGCUCUGAUCAUCAGGAGACGGAUCCUCAUGUAGUCCGAGUGGGAUGGUCUAUAGACUCAGCCUCAAUGCAGCUAGGUGAAGAGCCAUGGUCCUAUGGGUACGGAGGAACAGGCAAAUUCUCAGUUAACAGUAAAUUCUCUAACUACGGUGAGAAGUUUAUGGCAGGAGAUGUUAUUGGAGCUUUGCUCGAUCUAGAGAGUCACCCCCCAACGAUAUCAUACUGUAAGAACGGAGUGUGGCUGGGUGUGGCUGUCCCUCUCCAUAACAUGCCUGUGGGUCAGCCUGAGAUGGCUCUGUUCCCUCAUGUCCUCUCCAAGAACUGUGGGUUUAAAUUAAACUUUGGUCAAAUGGCCCCGUGGUAUCCCCCACCCCAGGGAUAUGCAUACAUAGACCAGUUACCCAUAUCUUACAAAGUCCAUGGGAUGCAACCUCCUGCCAGGAAAUCAGACUGUGAGAUGAUUAUGAUAGUAGGGUUACCUGGGGCGGGUAAGACAACAUGGGCUACUAGAAUGCAGAAGAUGUGUCCAGAUAAAAGAUACAACAUUAUAGGGACAGACACCUUGAUCGAUAAGAUGAGAGUGAUGGGCUUGCCUCGAAGGCGCAACUACCAUGGCCGCUGGGAUGUCCUCAUUGACAAGGCAACCAAAUGUCUCAAUACGCUGUUCCAAAUAGCGAGCAAACGAAACAGAAACUAUAUUCUGGAUCAGACUAAUGUGUACCCCUCAGCCCAGAGAAGGAAGAUGGGCUACUUCCAGGGCUUUUAUCGUAAGGCAGCUAUUCUUGUGCCAGAUGACAAAGAGUUGAUACGCCGGUCUGUGAAAAGAACAGAGGAAGAUGGUAAGUUUGUUCCAGAAGAGGCUGUGUUGGAGAUGAAGAAAAACUUUCAGUUGCCUGAUUCCAACAGCAGUCUGUUUGAUGAGAUCAACUUUGUGGAGUUACCUAGAGAGGUGGCAGCAGGUUUAGUUAUCCAGUAUAAUCAAGAGGCAAGAGAGAAACUGUCCAGCAGAAGUCGGACCUUUGAUAGAUUCUCUGGAAAUCAACCGUUCCAGCCCCCAGAACCUCCCUCAGGCCAGCAGUAUGGGAGAGUGGUAAGUCCUGCCACCCAGGUUCAACAGUUUCAGAACUGGCAGCCUGGGGCAGGCUAUAGUCAACCUCCCCCUCCACCUGCCAUGGGCAAUGACUGGCUCCAAGUGGCUGAAAAACAUGGCAGGAAACGAGAGCUCAAUGAUCAUGGCCAAGACAACAGGAAACGGUCAAGAUCGGAUCAGGGUGGCGCAAGUGCACUCGACUUUAUUAAGCAAGAGUAUGCUGAGGAUGAUGUAGAUACGUCCGGACUACCAGGCAGCUGGCAGAGCAUGAAGAUGAGAGAGGAGCCCAAAUACUGGGAUCAGUUUGCAACACGCCGCCCAAGUGAUCCUUUUCCUGGUCAACGGCAGAGUUCUGACUUCCCAAAUACACAGCAAAGUGAUCAGUUCACAAACCAACCGCCAAGUGAUCCCUUUACCAACCAGCAUCAGAGUAAUCAAUUUGGGAACCAGCGACAAAGUGAACAGUUUGGCAGCCAUAGACAAAAUGAUCAGUUUGGAUCUCAGAGGCAAAGUGAUCUGUAUGGCAACCAACGACAAAGCGAUCAGUUUGGUAACCAGAGCCUUGGUCAGUCAAGAUUUCAACAAGGCUCCUCCAGUGAUCAGAGAAGAAGCUAUCAGUCUCCUGCCAUAAAAACUGAAAACAGCAAGCCUUUUGGCUCUCGUGAUCAUGAGGAUUCGUUCAAAAGACAACCAACAGGAUUUGAUGGCGGCAGGAGUGCUUUUGGACAGCAAGACGAUUUCCCACAGGAUUCCUCCUUCGGGGAUUCAUGGAGAAAGGAAAAGAACCAAGGCUAUCGUGAUAAUGUCCCUCCAAGGUUUGGUGACAGCAGGAAAGAUGAUCGGGAUUACUCCAGAGGCAAUAGCUUUAAUACAAGCAAACUUGAGGACAGGAAACCAUGGAAUGACAAUUACAACAAUUCUGGUGCUCCACCUGAGCCUAAAGUUCCCCCUCUCCUGCCUGGAUUCAGGGACGGAUCACAAGACAGGUUUAAUCAGCCUGGCUCAGUGGACACUAAACCUCCAAGAAGCUACUCAGAGUUUGGAAGUUCCCCUGACAGUUCCCAAGGUUUCUCAUUGUCAAGUUCUGCUGCACUCCAGAACUCUGCACCUCAAUCUUUUCAGGCUAGCAAUAGACGUCAUUUCAGUGCGGACAAUAGCGGCUCCUCACAGACCACAGGCAGGACACGGCAGAGAAAGAGCAAGUGGGACACACCCUCUGACUCCCCGGAGCCUAAUCCGGACUCGCAGCUGCCCGACUUUCAGUCUGCUGAUCCCAGUAGCACAUCACAGAGAGAUCUGCCUGCGCACAUGCCUUCAAAUGAAGAGGACUUUGGAAUGUCCCAGGAUAAGGAGACACAUUGGGGAUCCUCUAACCAGGGUGGUUUGUGGCCCCCAAAACCACAACCUCUCUUGCAAAUGGACCUGCAGCUGAACUUGCAUAACAAGUUCAGUCGGUUUUCUGAAAGUGAGAGCCAAGACUCUAGAAACAGAGACAAUGACGCCUCUCGCAGCCAAGGCUCUCAUCCAAGGCCUGGCAGGAGGCCGGGACAGGACUUAAACGAGUCUGAUUACAACGCUGAGGAAGAGUUUGGUAAUGGCACUCCAGGAGACCAUGGCGGCCCAGUUCCAGGCCCAGGGCGCAUGAGGGGCUCAGGAAGGGGGUUCGGAAUGUCCAGAGGAGGUCCGAGGUUUGCCGGCAGAGGACCUGGAAAUUCACCGCGAUUUGGACCACCUCGUGGAGGUGGGCCUAGAAACUUUGGACCACGUAAUCCACCUUCCUUUGGAGGACCUAGAGGGGGCUGGAAUCAGCCUCCCAGAGGCCCCAGAGGAUUUGAGGGGCGUGGUGGUGGUGGUCCUAGAAACUUUCCACCACGAUUUGGUGGCCCUAGAAUGGGAGGACCUAGAUUUCCUAGAAUGCCAGGACAACAAAGGUGGCCCAGGCCAUAACUGCUUGUCUGACUAGAUGCUCAAAUGAAUUCCUCUAGACUUGCAUGUACUCUGUAAAGUGGUCAACUGAUCAUCCAUUUUUACCCCAUUGCUGAUUUUAUGUUUUAAUGGAAAUUGCAUGAGUUUAUAGAUAUAUGUAACUGUUCUCUGAUUUUGCCAUCACCGAAAUGAAUAGACCAUUGAAGUUAUGCUGGCGUCUAGCACAGGGAGUGCUAUUUUAUUGAAAACACUGCCACAAUAAAGGCAACAGAUCCAGUGACUGCUCUGGCACCAGAGUAGAUUAGGCACAGGAAGUGAAGAAAAACCAUCCUUAUUUCCAUGUGAAGAAACCAGGACACAUCACAGUGGGACCAUGGUUAAGGCACUAAAUCAUCAGCUACCAACCCACUGGGGUAGCACUACGUUAAGCUCCAUUACCAUGCAGUCAGUUCAUUACUACCAAUUUUGAAUUACCAUCUCGAAAUAUUCAUUUGUACUGUAAUACUGUACUGUUAUAAAGUGCCAAAGAUAUUUGGUAGCUCCACUUGAAUGAUUCUGUCUUCGUGAUUGUUGAGGAUACCAGUGUAUUUCUCUUGUUCAUGGUUGUUCAGUGUAACCUUUUUUAUGUUAUGUUCUAUUGAUUUAUGGAAUUUGUGCAUAGUUAAUAUGCUUAAUUGUUAAAUAUGGAUUUUAGGUAAGCUGGUAAGAUUUAAGUUACAUUUAGUUUUUCAGAAGUACAUUUGAAUUGACUACUUACAUGGUUGGUUUAUUUGUAAAGUGUCUUGGGAAAGUUUGGGAUGAAGUGUUUAAGUUUCUUUUACAGCUACAUGGUCAGCAUGUGAAUUUGGUCAACAGGUAAAAGCGUAAACAUAAUCAGUGAACGCGUUUGGUUGAUAAGUUUGCACCUAAGCUUAUUCAUUAACAAGAGCGAAUAAGAUUAGAUAGGUUUAUAUUUCACAGAUUAAAUGAAUAUUAAAUUAAAGCACUAAGCGCUAAUGUUUUUUUUUUUUGCACAAAAAACCUUAGUAUGUACUCGUGCGGUGUUGACCCAUUAUAGAAAUCGUGUAACCACAUGCCUCCAACUAAAAUCAACUGAAAAAGCUUUAUUGAAUUUAAUGCAAGGUAAAUUAAUCCCCUCUGGAGUUGGUUGUACACUUGAAUUUUUCAUCUCAACUCGCGGUGGAAAGAAAGAGUCACUCAAUUUUUGUUAGAUUGUGUUUUUUAUUAUUGUGAAGCACUGCAGUUGGUUCAGAUGUCGAGAGGUAAUUUAUUCAGAUGCGUCAUUUUGUCUCAGCGAGAUGUUUAUGAAUAUUAGUUGUGUUUCCCUCGUGCCCUGUACAGCUUCAUGGACUAUGCGUGCUGAGUAUUUUUGAGGUUGAGAACGGUCCUGAAAGGACUAAACUCGACCACUUUCAAAUUGAAAAUGUCAAAAUGUUUUCAUAUCUUUGGUGCAGACUUGUUCGGUUUCAAUCACAGCUGCGUAUAACCCAGUGCUAAGAUCUGAAAUCAUUUUGUACUUAAACUGUUUCUAGUGUGAAUUAAAUUUGGCCUGAAUGUUUUUUACUGUGCAUAUAAGUGUACAUACAAAGUAAGAUGUGUGUAAUAGUAAUAGAGCAGCUACACGUAUGUGCAGAGAGCAUCAAAAUAUCAUAUAUACAUGAAUCCAUCAUUCUCUUCCCGGUAUACAUUUUUACCCAGCAUAUGUACAUUGACACGUGCACAGUAGGUAAUAUCAUCAAUGAGCUGAUUUUAUGUCGGCUUACAUGUAGUUCAAGUUUGUAAAACCUGUCCAAUGUAUAGAUACACAUGUAUUCUUACCCAUAACUUAUGUAAUACGUAAGUAGAGACACCGAUGUAUAUAGACUUUGAUACGUGAAUAUCUAUGUCAAAUCUUCGAAUAAUUCAUGAAUAAUGCAACACAUAACCAAAUACUACAUAAUCGGUAUGUCCGUUACGAUGAAUGCUGAUUUUAUGAGGAUCUGAACUUAAUGUUUUCCUGCUUUAUUUCAUCAUAUUGCUCAUGGAAAAUAUUUAAUUCAUUCCGAUCACAGGACACAUGCAUGAAUUAGUUUGGUGCCCCUUAAUCCAUAUGUGUAUAAAUUUUACCAUUCCAUUAUGUUUAUUUUCAUUAUUAAGAGGUUUGUUUUAUGUGAUUCUGAAAUUAAAACUCAGACCAUGUGAACGAAGACAGUAUUGAUUUUAACAUCCCCCGACCCUUAUUUAAAUUAAAUCUACAUCAAUUUAACUUUUCUUUAUGUAGAUUUCAUUAUGUAAGCUGCACCGAUGUCACGAUAUUGUCGUAAGCAUAAAUGUGUAAUAUGAAAUUAUAUAUGUUUAUUGACGUGAUUUGGGUGUCUCUGAAUCACUGCGAUACAAUAAUUAAGGAAAAAUUGUUAUGGAUUUGUUAGAGUGUAUCUGUUUGUGCCACUGUUGCAAGGCAACACCAAAUUCGGGCUUUACUGUUGCAAUGGCAGUCUCUACAUGUGGGAAAUGAGGCUAGAAGAAUCAAGAAACUAUCCUCAACUACAAUAUGACUGAGUGCAAUUUGAAAUCGAAAACGACAAGUCGCCGUGUCUUAAGACUUAACUUUGUAAACCUGGUUGUCAACAGGAUUGGGUGUAAAAGCAGUAAAGCGGUCGUUAAACAGUGUCUUCAUGGUAUCCCGAUUCUGUGCCCCUCCCCUUGUUAUACACGCGAUACCUUGUCAGUGUUGUUCUCUCUUUAAGAGCCAAUUGUAAGUUGAUGUCAUCUCCUCCAGACAGAGGUAACGGUAUCAACAUAGUGGUGUCAACGGUAGAGAAAAUGUCUCAUAAAUAGGACUUCCUGUAUUGUGUGCUUUUCACAGUCCUCCUUCACCGACUUGAUGUGAUCUUAUUAGACCAUGGAUUGAUCAACUUUGAUGAAUGCAUAUAAAUUUGUAUUUGUACGCUUAUCGAAUAUUCUUUUCUUUGACGAGACCAUUGCUAUAUGAAUGGUCUAACAUGAAAAGAACUCUCCAAUAAAAGUCCGUGAGUGGUGCUGAACCGAAUA